AUGUCGGAUAAAGGAAGCAGUAUGGACGGGAAGACGGACAUAGUGAACGGCAGCUUGUCCAGCAGCCCAGAGGAGAUGUCGGCUGAGGAGGGCCGAGAAACCUCCUCUGGCAUCGAGGUGGAGGCCUCCGACCUCAGCCUGAGCCUCACGGGAGACGACGUGGGGCCCAACCGCACCAGCACGGAGAGCCGGGACACGGACACGGAGAGCUCAGGGGAAGAGAAGGACUCUGACAGCAUGGACGACACGGGCCACUACUCCAUAAACGAGGAGAACCGUGCCCUUGACCGGUCGCACUCGGAGGAGGAAGAGGAGGACGACGAAGAGGAGGAGCAGCGGUCCCACCGCCGUGCCCAGCGCAAGCGUGCCAACCAUGACCAAGACUCCUCUGAUGACGAGCAGGCCCUGGAGGACUGGGUGUCCUCGGAGACCACGGCGCUGCCCCAGCCCCGCUGGCAGGCGGUCCAUGCCCUCCGGGAAAGGGAGCUGGGCUCCAGCGCCCGCUUCGUCUACGAGGCCUGCGGGGCCAGAGUCUUCGUGCAACGUUUCCGCCUCCAGCACGGCCUGGAGGGCCACACGGGCUGCGUCAACACCCUGCACUUUAACCAACGCGGCACAUGGCUGGCCAGCGGCAGCGACGACCUCAAAGUGGUGGUGUGGGACUGGGUUAGGAGGCAGCCGGUGCUGGAGUUCGAGAGCGGUCACAAGAGCAACGUCUUCCAGGCCAAGUUCCUCCCCAACAGCGGCGACUCCACCCUGGCCAUGUGUGCUCGAGACGGCCAGGUCCGGGUGGCCGAGCUCUCCGCCACCCAGUGCUGCAAAAACACCAAGCGCGUGGCACAGCACAAAGGAGCUUCGCACAAGCUGGCCCUAGAACCGGAUUCUCCAUGCACUUUCCUAUCAGCAGGUGAAGAUGCUGUAGUCUUCACCAUUGAUCUGAGACAAGACCGGCCCGCCUCGAAACUGGUUGUGACAAAGGAAAAGGAGAAGAAAGUGGGUCUGUACACCAUCUACGUGAACCCAGCCAACACCUACCAGUUUGCUGUGGGAGGCAGAGAUCAGUUUGUCAGGAUUUACGACCAGCGAAAAAUAGAUGAGAACGAGAACAACGGCGUACUAAAGAAGUUCUGCCCUCACCACUUGGUAAGUGGCUCGAUUUCGUGGCAUACCGGCACGGAGCUGUUGGCCAGCUACAAUGACGAAGACAUUUAUCUCUUCAACUCCUCUCACAGCGACGGAGCCGAGUACAUCAAGAGAUACAAGGGACAUCGCAAUAAUGCCACUGUGAAAGGUGUCAAUUUUUAUGGCCCGAAAAGCGAGUUUGUGGUGAGCGGCAGCGAUUGCGGCCACAUCUUCCUGUGGGAGAAAUCGUCCUGCCAAAUCGUGCAGUUCAUGGAGGGCGACAAGGGAGGAGUG